GCUUUUACCACCAACUCGUACCACCUCCAUCUCGGCCACAUGUUCAAGGCUUCAAUCGCUUGGGCCCUACUGGCAUUGUUAUGGGCAUUGCCUGCUCAAUCACAAACCAAUCCUGGCAAUGACACGGCGAAUGGGUGGAUUGUAGAAAGUUAUGCCGGGUACAAUAUACUGCACAACCUCAUUGCUCAGACUUCCUACGCCCUAGUGCCACAAGGACCAGUAUUUACGAAUAUCACUGGCAAUGUGCCGCAAAUUCAGGUUCCAAUCACUUCGGCCGCUAUUGAUACAUUGGAUAUCCUUGGCUUUGCAGAGCUUUUGUCAAGCAACGUCACCAGUUCUUUUACAACUGGCUCUAGCAAUAUCUUACUCGCGAACACAUCGCCAUGUUUCACCAUGUCAAAUAACGCUACCGCCACGUACACUUUCGCAAAUGGAACUAGCACAGCCAAUAACACCAUCGUCUUUUCAGCCAAUGACCCGAGCCUGACUCCAAUCCAGAAAGCAUCUUGGUUGAUAUACCUGGCCUACUUUUACAAUGAGGAGCGAGCAGCACAACUCACAGUUCUUAACAUUAUGAGUCAAUACAAUUGCAUUAAGACUCGUGUCAACAGUGGAGUCAAGGAAAAGUAUGCUAUAGCUUGGACACAAGCAGAUAUGACCACCCCUCAGGUGUAUGAAAUCAGGGUUGAUACCUAUGCUAAGACCCUCAUCGCUGAUGCGGCUGCCAAGAUGAUUGCUCCCAACUCUGCACAAGACUCCACAUACUCCAACGUUGGCAAUUUUCAUCUUGCUUUGAAAGGAGCUGAUAUGCUUUUGGAUACUAGCCCUUUAUCGGAAGGUGAACUGUGGCCUCAAUGGCUGAGCAUCAUGAACAUGGUGCCUGGCGCUUCCUUGUUUUACGAAAGUGAAGGCUACUAUAAGAACAGAAAAGUAUAUCGAGCUGACGGUCUGGUGAGCAAAACUGGAUAUUCUAAUUUUCCUGAACGAUACGCUGCACGACCAGAUUUGGCCCUGAUGGAUAUGAUCGCGAUACAGUAUCCCACUUUCCAGAACACUUACAAUACAACCUGGCUUUAUAACUUUGCUCUUGGCUCUUCACCACAAAGCUUCCCCGCCAACUACGUGUGCAACAAUGCCUAUGUAAUGUUAACGAACCAAAUUUCCUGUUAUCUGGAUGAACCUUUCACGCCUCCUGCAACUCAAGCUGCACCUACCAACGAGACGGAGACGGAUGAUGGCGGCAGUAACAGCAGCAGUGGUGAUCAAUCCAGCAGUCUUUCGAGUGGUAGCAAGGCUGGUAUUGCCAUUGGUGUGAUCGCUGGUGUUGCUGCUCUGGGAGGCGCGGCAUUCUGGUUCUACCGUCGAAGACCUACCGCUGAGCCGUCUCACAACUUUUACAAAAUGGAUGAAAUUUAAUUCAGAAAGCCCCACUCGUAUUAUCCUAAUUAACUCUCUCCAUUCAUUUCUCUUUAUGCCAUGUCAUAUCUUUAAAUUGCUAAU